GGAAAAAGAAGAGAAAAAACCCGCCUUCAUUUUAAAUAUGGACGACAUGUAAAUACGGCGGAGUCUCUCCGCUGUUGAAGAGGCUGAGAUCUUCGGGCUCUUCUGCAGUGUAUCGGUUCCGGUGACUGGUGUCUUGACUUUGUCUCCUCGUGGUUUUCGUUCCUGCAGAAAUUCACCGCCUCAGGAGCCUUUGAGAGAUGCCACCAAAGAAAAAUGCCAGAGUGGCUAAAAGACCAGCAAAGUCAGAUAAAACAGACGAAAGUGAACCAGCCUCAUCUGGUGGGAAGAGGAAGGUGGCAAAGGAGGGCUCCAAGUCACCUGGCUCUCCAGAGUUCUGCUACUGGCUGAUGAAGUCUGAGCCCGACAGCCGCUUUGAGAACGGCAUUGAUAUGAAGUUUGGGAUCGAGGAUCUGAAGGCUCUGCCUGAUCAGACCAGCUGCUGGGAUGGGGUCCGCAAUUAUCAGGCACGCAAUUUUAUGAGGCAGAUGAAAGAGGGGCAGUUGGCCUUCUUUUAUCACAGCAACUGUAAGGAACCGGGGAUUGCAGGAAUCCUGAAAAUUGUGAAGGAAGCUUAUGUGGACCACACUCAGUUUGACAGGAAAGAUGCCCAUUAUGAUGCAAGCAGCAAACCAGACAAUCCAAAGUGGAGCAUGGUGGACGUCCAGUAUCAAAGAAUGCUGAAGCGUUAUCUUCCUCUGUCUGAGCUCAAAUAUUACCACCUGCAGCAACGCGCCAAGGGAGGGCCUCUGAAGGACAUGGCGCUUUUUACAAGGGCCAGGCUCUCUGUGCAGCCGCUCACCACUGAGGAGUUUGACUUUGUCCUGAGUUUGGAGGACAAGGAGCCACUGUGAAGCUGGAGCCUGGUUAACCAUCAGUCCAGUGUUUAUACAAAGAGUAAUCAAUGUAAAAUAAUUCUAUUUGUGUUUUUGUAUAUUAAAUGUGUUUUUUUUGUCAGA